AUGGCCGCUGCGAGCAAGAUACUCCUGAUCUUUUCCCAGCAGGAUGGCAAGAUUCUGAACUACCCGGGUCUCCCCAUGACUAAACCCUGCCCCAUGAUCGCCACAAGCCAGAAGAGCCUCGUGGUUGAUGCGCGCCUUUUGAUUAGCGUCUCGAUUGAGCUUCAGAGCGACGCGGUGUAUUGCGGAUACCAUUUUCACAUGAGCUUCCAGGACGACGACAAGAAGUUCCUCUUUGUGAUCUUGCACAAGGGAGACUUGAUAGAUACCGAAACCGAGUGUGAUGCUGACGUCCCCGUCGCCGAUCAGAGUUGCGUCCGUAACGAUGGAUGGGACGGCCCGGCCGAAAAUGAUGCCCAUGGCUAUUUCCAUGGUAAUUUUGGUGCAGAAUCUGUCUGGGUUCCUCCAGUAAUCAGGGCUGCUGAAACCUCUAGCGUUGCUCAUAAUCGUGAGGAUGACUACAACUGGGAUGAUUCUUGCCAUGCUCACCCGCUUCGAACCUCUGCAACCACUCCCACCCGUGCCUAUCCCAACCCGCUAGUGAGACGCAAGAGAACCCACAAACCUGCUAAAAAGGGCUACGCAGGAUCCUGGUACAACGAGCCUAGCACCGUAGUCUCUGACUGGUGCACUGACGGCGGAAAAAAGAACAGAGACUGGGACACUGGUGACUCUGUAUGUGGCUGGGAUAUCUAUGACGAAAGUAACCACGACAAUCGCCCAGACGCGUCCAUCCUCACCCCGGAAAGCACGGAGGCCGACAGCACCGUCAAGCCUGAGUAUUAUGCCACUGUUUCCAGCGCUGAUUAUGACCGCAGAGCUAACGGCGUCACAGGAGUGUUUAGUAGCGGAUAUUGCAGCACUUUCGACGCCUCUGAAUGGAGGUUGUAG